CUACCUCGUCUUCAUUCACAACAGGGCUUACGUGAGAUGGAACCGAGACCGCGCAUGCUCAGUGAACUAGACUUCGUGCUCUCAGGUUGCACUGCGUAAUUUUUGCUCCGCGACUUUCCGUUAAUUUCUCAGAACUGGUGUGUUUUUUCUUGAUUAUCGUUUGACUUUAGAAGAUUGGACACUUUAUUACGUCGAUUUGGUUACUUUUACGCACUCUGGAACGGUGUUUUGACUGGACUGCGUUCAUCUGAUCGUUGGCUACGAGCUCUCUGGCCAUUGUCAAUAUGGCGGCCAAGGAGGCCAAGUCGUUGUUUGAGCAACUGACAGCGGACAUUAGCGGUCAGCCUAGUCAGGCGGUCCCCACAGGGGAUGUAGCUACAGCAAGCUGUAGCAAAGCCGCACGCCCUGACGAUAGAUCCACCGGAUCGAAAUCGUCGGGGAAAGCUACGAGAGCCAGCAGUAAGUCGGCUACCCACAAGGAGGCGCCUACUCCUAGCACUUCAUCGGUAACGGCGCGGGACGUGGGGUCUCUCAUGGACGAUUUGAAAUCUGAUCUAGCAUCCAGUCUGGCAGAGAUGCAGACUGUGUUUUUUGAUGCCCUCAAAGAGAGAGAUGAUCGUUUUGAGCGUCUACUUGCUCACCUUGAUGUGACCACAGGUCAUUCUACUUCUACAUUGGGCCCCGGAAAUGAUCCACAGGAUAUUUCCGUGGGGGAAGCAGAGCCCACAGGGCAAAACAAAGCGGACGAUCAUUUUUAUGAUGUAAUCAGCGCUGAGCUGACCGGAGUCGACAGAGUGGGGCCAGCUGUAUCUGAGCCGCUUGUGCAACUAAUUACGGACAUCUGCCAGGAACAAAUGCCUGAAGAUAAGCUGACAGCUUUGCGCCACAAACACGAGAGGCCGGCCAACAUCAAAGGAUUAACCGCCCCUCGCGUUAACCCUGAGAUUUGGACUGGACUGAAUGCGUCUCAGAGGUCUACAGACCUCAGGUUGGCCAAUAUCCAGGAUUGUGUUUUGAGGGGAAUGACCCCCCUCAUCCAGUUGUUAAACAUACUGGACACUCAAAGAGAGACUGGGGACCCCAAAGAGUUAGUUCAACUAGUCGGCGACAGCCUUCGUUUACUGUCCCAGAGCAACAAUAGCCUUAAUCAACAGAGAAGAGAAAAUCUCAAAUUUACAAUUGCGCCGGGGUAUCGGCACCUGUGUUCUGCCGCGACGCCAGUUACGGAGUACCUCUUCGGGGACAACUUGCCGUCAGUGGUGAAAUCUAUCACCGAAGCUAACAACGCUAGUCUUCGCCUAAGCGGUGGGUUUCGUAAUAGACGGGAUUCUCCUUCACGUCGAGGUGGCUUGAGCGGUAGCGCCCCCUAUCGUCCGCAACAGACUUCGGACAGGAGAGGGUCACCCUACUCUGACUUACGGCAUUUAAACUACGGAGAAAGUGCGUAUUCCGCAAGGAAAAAGGGGAGAGGGAAAUCCAGCCGUCGGUGAAUGUGGUGAGUAACGGUUUUCCCACAAACUCUGUUUCACAUGUGCCGCCUAGCGUUUCCAAGAUGGCGGCCCCAUUGUCUGUUCUGAUACUCACGUAAAUGCGAUCCUAACUGUUCAGCCACCAUUUCAUGCGAGCCAAAUUAAAGAAGCGGUUCAUGAAUGGAAACAACUUACAUCGGAUAAAAGCAUUUUACAAAUGGUUCAGGGCAUUAUAAUUCCAUUUGAGGACGGUUGUGCUCCCCGGCAACUCUGUGUUCCUUCGGAAAUUUGUUUUGACCAAAAGGAGAUGAUUGUCAUCGAUGAAUUGUUGAAUAACUUUUUGGAUAAAGACAUUAUCACUCCUGCCAUUCACAGUGAAGGUGAAUUUCUGUCUAAUAUUUUUAUCACACCGAAGACAGAUGGCUCUUUUAGAUUGAUUUUAAAUCUUAAACACUUGAAUGAGUCAGUAGAAUAUGCACAUUUUAAAAUGGAUUCACUUUACAGUGCUUUAGCCAUGAUGAAACCAGGUUGUUUUAUGGCUAGUGCGGAUAUUAAGGACGCUUACUAUUCAGUACCUGUUCACUUAGAUCAUCAGAAAUACCUUAGAUUUACAUGGAGGGGCAACCUUUUUCAGUUUACCUGUAUGCCUAUGGGGUUAGCCUGUGCUCCUCGAUUUUUUACUAAAUUACUUAAACCUGUGUAUGCCUCAUUACGGAAUAAGGGACACCAGUCUGUUGGGUAUAUAGAUGAUUGUUACUUACAAGGGGAUACUUUUGAGGACUGCAUGGAUAAUGUUAGAGAGACAGUGGGGCUUCUGUCUAGGCUGGGUUUCACCAUUAAUGUGGACAAGUCUGCCCUUAUGCCCAAGCAAACAAUUACCUUUUUAGGGUUCAUCUUAGAUUCCACUAACAUGUCAGUUAAGUUAACUGAAAAGAAGGCACUUAAAAUCCAGUUGGAAUGUUCUCAACUGUUAUGCAAAACUUAUGUUACUAUCAGGGAGUUAGCGGUAGUCAUUGGUUUGUUAGUAGCCAGUCUCCCUGCAGUCGAAUAUGGGAAACUGUUUUAUCGCUCCUUAGAGAUGGCAAAAAUUGAAGCUCUGCGAUCACAUGGUGGGAAUUUUGAAAGUAAAAUUACUCUCCCUAGGUUAGCUAGGGCAGAUUUGCAAUGGUGGAUAGAGAAUGUUGCGUUAGCUUCCAACCCUAUUUGGCAUGGAAACCCAACUAUUAUCAUGCAAACGGAUGCGUCUAGGUUAGGUUGGGGAGCCCAGUGUGCAGGGGUGUCCACUGGGGGAAGGUGGAGCUUUAUCGAGACUAUCCAUCAUAUUAAUUAUCUAGAACUGUUCGCAGUGUUUCUAGGUUUUAAAAUCUCUCUGCUCCGAGUUUACUGAUUGUCAUAUACAGGUACAGUCAGAUAAUACCACCUCAGUGUGUUAUGUUAAUGAAAUGGGUGGAUGUAAAUCAAUUUUGUGCAACAGUUUAGCUAGAGAUAUUAUUUUAUGGUGCAAAGCUAGAAAUAUUUGGCUAACGGCAGCAUAUUUGCCAGGUUCACUUAACAUUGUUGCUGACAGAGAAUCUAGAGUGUUUCAUGAUGACACUGAAUGGAUGUUGGACAUAGAUACUUAUAGGAAGCUUGAUAGCGAAAUGCCUCCAGAAAAUUGUCCAAGACAGGGCGACAGGGAUACUGAUAGUACCAUGUUGGAAGACACAGGUCUGGUUUCCAAAACUGCUAACUCUAUUGACAGCCAACCCUCUUUUGUUGCAAAAGAGGAAGAGGUUGCUGGUGCUUCCAUACAGCCAAGCAAGUCAUCCAUUAUGCAACAGUCUCAAUCUACUUGCAUGCCCCUUGUCAGGGAUGCCCUCAAAGAGCAACAAAUAUCAGAACCAGCUAUCAACAUCAUCCCACGAUCAUGGAGAGAUUCAUCGCAUAAACAAUAUAGGACGUAUCUCACAAAGUGGCAACUUUUCUGUUCUAAGAGGGAAAUUAAUUCCAUUCGACCUCCCAUAGGAGAUGCCUUGGAUUUUCUAGUGGAACUAUUCCAUUCCGGUCUUAGCUAUAGUGCGUUGAAUACAGCCAGAUCGGCAUUAUCUGCGGUGCUGAUUAUGGAAUCUGGAAUUCCUUUUGGGGCCAUGCCUAUUGUGAAACGCUUUAUUAAAGCAGUUUACCAAUCCAAACCUCCAUCUCCUAGGUAUCACUGCAUUUGGGAUGUUAAAGUGGUUCUAGAUUAUUUGUGUACUCUACCUAUUGUAUCUAGAUUGUCUCUGAAGGAUCUCACACUAAAACUUAUUGUUUUAAUGGCUCUUACCUCUGCUCAAUGGGGACAGACUUUACACUUACUGAACACUGGUGACAUGCAUAUUGGGAAAGCUUCGUAUACAUUUACAAUUCACCAACACAUUAAGCAAAGCAGGCCUAGGACUACCUUACCUGCCAUUAAAUUUUCGGCUUAUCCUGUUAAUAAAAAGUUGUGUGUGGUGAACUGUUUAUCGGAAUAUUUACUUAGAACCCAAUCUUUGAGAAAGGAAGGAGAUAGACUUUUUGUUAGCUAUACUAAGCCUCAUGGUGUUGUAGGGAGAGAAACCGUUAGUAGAUGGAUCAAAGUUAUGCUAGCCAGAGCUGGAAUAGAUAUUACUAUUUUUAAGGCUCAUAGUACUAGAGCAGCAGCUACUUCUGCAGCUUUUAGGGCAACGGUCCCGUUAGAAGACAUUUUGAAUAAAGCGGGAUGGUCCAAUGCCAGUACUUUUGCUCGUUUUUAUAACAAGCCUAUAGUUAGUCAGAAUUCAUUUAGUGAUACCUUAUUACGGUCAAUCAAUACUAAGUAAUUAUAUUAUGGUAUAUUAGAAUUUGAGGAUGUUUUUAUUGUCAUCAGUUCUAGACAGUAACGGUCAUAGAACGUUGUUGCUUAUGGGUAUUGAUUUUACCACCUUCAACAUAUUAUUGGUGGAGCACAUAUGUGUAUCUUUUUCAUGCUUCUAGACAUAUUACAAUUUGUUUCAUCUCCAUUGGUUGUUGUUUGUUUUUUGGGAAUUUGUGUGUACUUGUCAUGAACUUUAAAAUCUCACGUAAGCCCUGUUGUGAAUGAAGACGAGGUAGAAUUUUACAGUUAAACGAGACUUACCUGUAAGUUGAAGUUUGACUAUGAUUCUACCGAGUCUUCAGGAACAGAGGGUUUACGUGCCCUACCCUCCCUACCCAGUUACACAGUUUAUUCAUGACAACCACACACCUUUAAAACCUGAGCAUGCGCGGUCUCGGUUC